GGCUGAGAUGGAAGAACAGGUGUUCAAGGGGGACCCGGACACCCCUCAUUCCAUCUCCUUCUCUGGCAGUGGCUUCCUCUCCUACUACCAGGCCGGGGUGGUGGACGCCCUGAGGGACCUGGCCCCUCGCAUGCUGGAGACGACCCAUCGCUUCGCGGGGACUUCGGCAGGCGCGGUGAUUGCGGCUCUGGUCAUCUGCGGGAUCGAGAUGGAUGAGUACCUCAGAGUCCUCAAAGUGGGUGUGGCCGAGGUGAAGAAAUCCUUCCUGGGGCCCCUGGCCCCCUCCUGCAAGAUGGUGCAGAUGAUGCGGCAGUUUCUGUACCAGGCGCUGCCCGAGGACUCCUACAAGGCUGCCACCGGGAAGCUCCACGUGAGCCUCACCCGCUUCACGGACGGAGAGAGCGUUGUGGUGUCCGAGUUCACGUCCAAGGAAGAACUCAUCGAGGCCCUGUACUGCAGCUGCUUUGUCCCCGUGUACUGCGGCCUCAUCCCCCCGACUUACCGUGGUGUGCGCUACAUUGAUGGGGGCUUCACUGGCAUGCAACCCUGCUCCUUCUGGACUGACUGCAUCACCAUCUCCACCUUCAGCGGGCAGCAGGACAUCUGCCCCCGGGACUGCCCCGCCAUCUUCCAUGACUUCCGCAUGUUCAACUACUCCUUCCAGUUCUCCCUGGAGAACAUCGCCAGGAUGACCCAUGCCCUGUUCCCCCCAGACCUGAUGGUCCUACACAAUUACUACUACCGAGGGUACGACGAUGCUGUUCUGUACUUGAGGCGGCUGAACGCUGCGUACCUUAAUUCUCCGUCCAGGCGAGUGAUUUUCCCCCGGGUGGAGGUGUACUGCCAGAUAGAGCUCGCCCUCGGCAGCGAGAGUCCUGAGCACGGAACACCAAGCCUCCGGGCAGAGCAGGCCAGUCCGGAGGAAUCCACACAACCGCACACGCAGUGGGCUCCCAAAGGCGAAGGACACAGUGGCCGGGGUCCACUGGUGUGCUCACCUGUACAGAGACCUGAAUCCACACAGGAGGGGCCUGCGGAACCACCUGUUUCAGCACCUGUCUCUUCCUGUGAGCAGCCACCCACAUCGCCGCUGACCUCUUCGUCAUGUUCUCCAGCGGACUUGCCACCUGGAUCACUCCCCGAUGUGCCCUCACCUCCCAGCUCGACACCUGGUCUGUCACCUGCGUCACCACAGCAGCAGGUACAACGGACUGGAUCGCCACCCAAAUGCCCACCCUCCCAGUCAUCUCUGUCCCUCAGGCCACCCCUGGGGCCUUCAGCUGAGGGGGCGCCUCAAACGUCGCCUCAGUGUUCUUCGACGUCACCGGCACAGCCGCCUGUGGAGGAACUGGGCUCAGACCCGCCCCGAGCUCCUGCCGCCUCUCUGACGCCCCAACGCCCCGCGCCUCCGCUGGACCUGAAGGAAGCCAGCAGCAAGCCGGAUGCCAUAGCAAGCCCUGCUGAAGACUCCAACUGGGUGAGCAAGGUAUUCAGAAAGAACAAACCAAAGACGAGCAGCCCCAGAAAAGGCUUCCCAAGACAUCCAUGAUCCAAAAAGCCAGGCAGCCAAGUGCCGUCUGCUUCCUACCCAUCCGACUUCUCUGUGCUCUCCCUUCAGACUGUUUGGGUCAUCUAUGGGCCUCAUCCCAGUGGGAUCCAGGAAUACAGCUGCCCUGAGGAAGCUGUGAGCCGGAAGAGAAAACUUGAGCUGGAAUGGGAGAGAAGCUGA